GUGAUUCCACUGAAGCAACUGCCAAGCCAAAGAGAAGUUUUUAUGCUGCAAGGGACUUAUACAAAUACCGACACCAGUACCCAAACUUCAAAGAUAUCCGAUAUCAAAAUGACUUGAGCAAUCUUCGUUUUUAUAAGAAUAAAAUUCCAUUUAAGCCAGAUGGUGUUUACAUUGAAGAAGUUCUAAAUAAGUGGAAAGGAGAUUAUGAAAAACUGGAACACAACCACACUUACAUUCAAUGGCUUUUUCCCCUGAGAGAACAAGGCUUGAACUUUUAUGCUAAAGAACUAACUACAUAUGAAAUUGAGGAAUUCAAAAAAACAAAAGAAGCAAUUAGAAGAUUUCUCCUAGCUUAUAAAAUGAUGCUAGAAUUUUUUGGAAUGAAACUGAUUGAUAAAACUGGAAAUGUUGCUCGGGCUGUUAACUGGCAGGAAAGAUUUCAGCAUCUGAAUGAGUCCCAGCACAACUAUUUAAGAAUCACCCGUAUUCUUAAAAGCCUUGGUGAGCUUGGAUAUGAAAGUUUUAAAUCUCCUCUUGUAAAAUUUAUUCUUCAUGAGGCUCUUGUGGAAAAUACUAUUCCCAAUAUUAAGCAGAGUGCUCUGGAGUAUUUUGUUUAUACAAUUAGAGACAGACGAGAAAGGAGAAAGCUCCUGCGGUUUGCCCAGAAACAUUACACGCCUUCAGAGAAUUUUAUCUGGGGACCGCCUAGAAAAGAACAGAUGGAGGGAAGCAAAACUCAGAAAAUGCCUGCCCCUCCUGCCUCCAGUCAUAACAGUCAGACUUCUAUGCACAAAAAAUCCAAGGACUCCAAAAAUUCCUCCUCAGCUAUUCAUUUAAAUAGCAAAACAGCUGAAGAAAAAAAAGCAGCACCAAAAGAGGCUGGGGAAGAGACAGACAGGCCCAGACCAGUGCCCAGCAAUGAAGCUGCCAAGCCGAGAAACACAGAGAAGGACAGUCAUGCUGAGAACUCAGAUUCUCAACCUGAAAAAACAGUUUCUAAUCUCACAGAAAAAAAGGAGAGUGCAUCACCUCCUGAAAAAGAUGAAGAAGGUGAAAAUCAUAAGAAAGACUGGGAAAAUCCUGGAAAUACAAGUUGCCACGAUGAUGUACUACUACAGUGAAUUUUCAGAAAACUCACAAACCAGUUUAGAUAGCAGAGGAGAAAACUAUGAUACAGGUUCAUCCUAAUCAACAGAGAUGAGGUUACAUUUCAAAUUCUAGUCACCUGUUUGUGAUUUCUGUUGUAAGCGUUUUGUUAUUGUUUGUUUUUUAUUUUGGAUGACAAUGAAUUGAAUAUUUAAUAAGAAGUUUUAAGAGACCUAAUAAAUGAAUGUAUUCUGUAAUGCUUUUAGGAUAUGAAUUUUCAAAUUCUGUAUAUAUUAAUUACUUUUAUAUUAUUUCCAAGGAAUAUAGAAAUAAUCAUGUAGUAUUUGAUAUAUAAAAUAUGUUCUUUCAAGAGAUUACAGUCUACAGUCUACAUUUUCUACAUGUAGAAAAUCAAGAGGAUAGUUUCAUUGUAUUGCCACACUUUUACCACAUUAAUUAAUGUGGAUAAUUAAUUAAUGGGAUAAUUUUUUUUAAGGUGGAAGAGAGAAUUUGGUCUUCUCAAAUGUACUCAGAAAGUAAUUUGGGUUCUUUGAUCAUACCUCAUCGUGUUCAUUUUAGAUCCUUGAUAAGGGGAAUGGAUGUCCUUGAGGAGCUCUGACUUCCGCAGCUCAUUCGGCAAUCCUGCUGUCUUUUUCUCUCUCCCUCUCGUCCUGCUCAUCCUUGAGCCACCAUAUUUGUAAGCUAGCAUGUGCAUUUCUAGUAUACAUAGGGUGAUCUCCUAUAUUGGAAUCUAAAUGGAACAGAGGGGGACUUUCAACUGUAUGAUGAUUUCAAGAAUUUGCUUUGUUUAAAAAAAUACAAAUGUGUUCUAUAUUAAGUGCUGAAAAACAAAUUUUGAUGCAGCAGUCCAAGAAAAGAACUUUGCUUUCUAUGGCUGUUCUGUAUAAAUUUGCAGUUGAUUCUGAUAUGCAAAUACUAAAGAAUUUAAAAAUAAGAAAGGAAAUUAUUCAUUUUUAAAAGGCAUGCCUCUUACUCUGUCAACAAGGCAGUAAUCCCUUAAACCAUGUAUAUCUGUGUUAUAUGGAUUAUGAAAUUAAUAAUGUUGCUUAGUCCACAAUGUAUAUUUUAAAAAUAUAUGUGUAGUUUGAUUCAUCUCUGAGUCAUCAAACAUUGACAUUGAGAACAGAUUUGAAAUUCCAUAUAUCAAUUCUAGUAAGCACUUAAUAUGUUACAUAACUCUGGGUAAGAGCAAAUUUUAUUUUCUAUAAUAUUAUUACUAAUUAUUAUUACAAAUUAGAAAACAAUCAGAAACUGUGAUGAGAAUAUUAAGGCAUACAUACAAAUGUAAUUAAAGCAAUGAAUAGAUAAAA